AUGGUGUAUAUGAAUCUGGACCAUCAAGUUGAGCGUCGGAUGCGUUUGACAGAGAUGUUCCCUGAAGCUACUCGAAUUCGGUCCGUUGAUGGGCGGAAUUCUACAGAAUUGUUGGCCCGUCUGGAUUACGGCUUCGACGCAGACGAAUUUUCGAACGAGAAACUGAUCUCCGCCACUAAGAACCAUUUCAAAGCCUUUCCGGGUGAGGUCGGGUGCUGUCUCACGAUGUUAGACGCCUUUAAGUACGGAGUUGAGCAAGGUUACGAGUAUAUGAUACUCACUGAGGACGAUGUGGGGGUACCCUUAUGUGGGAUUCUUCCUUCUACGUUGGACCGGAUGAUAAACCAGCUUAAUGAGGCGGAUCCGGACUGGGAGGUAUUACGGUUACAAUGGAGCGUUCCUGCAGAUAGAUUGUAUAAGAUGAAACUGAGUCAGUUCGAUCGGCUGAGAGAACUUGUGCAAGAACUGGGUGAUGAAUACAGACAAUCACUGCUGGAGAGCUAUGGCGCCUGGGAAAAUGCCCCCAUACUAGGAAGGUUUAGUGGCGGUUGGGGAAACGUCUUCAAUGUCUGGCAUCGGAGGGCCAUGGAGAAGUUUAUUCGGAAAUAUGGAAGCAGGACGGUGAACGGUGUCCAAAAAUGGAAGUGUCCUGAUGACAAACCAUGUAUCAGUGAUUACGUCUUUGUUGCUGAAAGCACCGGGCACUCAUAUGCCAUGCUUCCUCCGUGGGUUCAGAAUGAACCUGGCGAACGAGGCAGCAUGAUUAGAGAAGGGAAAACUAAUCGUAAGUUCCAUUUGUCGGUGGUCGCCCAAAGCACCCAGUGGCUCCUAGAGCUAAGAGAGUUCCUGAGAAAGGGAGCUCAAGAUCUCUAUCCCGAUUCAGAAUUGGUGUGGCAAGCUUAUCAAGUCAAGAAAUAA